GAGAAAAACAGCACAUUACUUUCUCAUAAAAGAACUUCGAUCCUAGCCCACUAUAGAUUUGUAUAUCAAGGGAAUUCAAAAAUCUUUAAGAUCAACCCGAAAAUGGAAGGAAAGAUAAGGGAAGACGAGGAAUUCCAGAUUCCAGAGACGGAGUUGGAUCAUGUCGCCAAGUUUCUUCAAGGCAAGACCAUACUAAUCACUGGUGCAACUGGAUUUUUGGCCAAAGUCUUUAUCGAGGAAAUACUAAGGCAUCAACCAAAUGUGAAUAAGCUUUAUCUUAUUAUGAGAGCCUCGGAUGACAAAUCUGCCAUACAACGCUUGUAUGAUGAGGUCAUAAGCACUGAAUUGUUUAGGGUUCUUCACGAGACUUGGGGUUCGAAAUUCGAUCGAUUCAUAUCAAGUAAAGUGAUAGCCAUAGCCGGUGAUAUAUCUUUUGAAAAUUUGGGAGUGAAAGAUUUUAUAUUACGAGAAGAAAUCCAAAAUGAAAUAGAAAUCAUAGUAAAUGUUGCUGCCACAACUAGCUUCAGUGAAAGGUACGACGUUGCUUUGGACAUCAAUACAUUUGGAACUUUCAAUGUUUUGAACUUUGGAAAGAAAUGUGAUAAACUAAAAUUAUUUAUUCACGUAUCAACAGCUUAUGUGUGCGGUGAACAGGCAGGAAUGAUAUCAGAGAAACCGUUCUAUAUGGGUGAGACGUUGAGACAAACAAGCAAUUUAGACAUCUUUGAUGAGAAGAGAAUUAUGGAGGAAAAAUUAGAUCAAUUACGACAACAGUGUAGCCCAAAUGAAACAAUAACAAGAGCAAUGAAGGAACUUGGCUUCACAAGGGCCAAAUCAAAUGGGUGGCCAAAUACAUACGUGUUUACAAAGGCAAUGGGCGAGAUGCUUUUAGGGAAAUUCAAAGGAGAUGUUCCUCUUGUUGUUAUACGCCCCAGCAUGAUCUCAAGUACUUAUAAACAACCUUUCCCUGGGUGGAUUGAAGGCAUUAGAACCUUCGAUAGCAUUGUUGUCAGAUAUGGACAAGGAACGAUUUCAUGUUUUCUGGGAAACCCUAGCUCUCCCCUUGAUCUGGUACCAGUAGAUAUGGUGGUAAAUGCCAUGCUUGUGGCUAUGGAAGUUCAUUUUGCAGAUAAUCAAACUUCUAGUGAAACCAUUUACCAUGUCAGCUCCUCCUUUAGGAACCCAUUGAGAUACUCAGAUCUUCGCAAGUUUGCGUAUUGUUAUUUCUCUAAAAAUCCAUGCACCGAUAGAAACGGAAAGAAAGUGAAAGUUGGCAAACCAACCGUGUUUGACAAAGCUGAUAAGUUUUUUCUAUACAUGCGAGUCAAAUACGUGCUUCCACUCAAGGUGCUGUAUUUAAUGAAUAAACUUAGUUGUCAACGUUCCAAGGAAACACAUACAAAACUUGAUCGUAAAGUCAAGUCUGUAAUUCGAUUGGCUCAAUUUUACAAACCCUAUGCGUUCUUUGCAGGAAUCUUUGACUGCAGCAACUUAGAGGAGUUACAAAGGGUGGCUGAAGAGAGAGGCAUUGAUGUUGCUAAAUUUAACUUCGAUUCCAAAUAUAUCGACUGGGAAGAUUACAUCAUGAAUAUUCAUAUCCCGGGUCUUUUAAAGCAUGCAGUUAGGACUUGAUUAGUAUAUUUUACAUAAAAUAAUCUAUGGUAAACUAUCAGAUACCAACGAGUUUCAGGC